AAUUUCAAAAUAACAGAACAUAUUCACAAGGAAUACAAUCAAGACGACCGUAAAGCCCCCCAAAAAAAAACAAUCGCAAUGGCACUGGAAUCAACUGUGCAAUUACAACAGAACGACAGAGAAAAGACGCCUGAAAAGCCAGUUGAUAGAGAAAAGACCUGCCCACUUCUUUUGAGAGUGUUCUACAACACUGGAAGACAUAGUCCACUAAAUGAGUAUGCUAGAGGAAAUGUUCCAUCAAAUGAACUUCAGAUAUAUACCUGGUUGGAUGCAUCACUUAAAGAGCUGACCAGUUUGGUUAAAGAAGUGAAUCCUGAUGCACGCAGAAAAGGAACUUUCUUUGACUUCUCAAUCGUAUACCCAGACUCGAGAGCCCCAACCUAUAGAAUGAGAGAAAUUGGCACAACUUGCUCAGGACAUAGAGGAGCUGAUGAUACUGUUAGUUUAGCAUCAAAGAAAUUUGUGAUCGGAGAUUAUAUUGACAUUGCCAUAACACCACCUAGAGGACCAAUGCGACCAGGAAAUAUGGGGAGACGUGCAAGACCAUACUGAUUCAUUCAUUGUCAAGUUUCAUUUCUGUACAGUAUAUUUCUUUCAUAACAUAGGUCAUUAUAACUUUAUUUUUAUGUUUUUUACAUGUUACUUACUGAAAUUAAGUCAAAUAACACACAUGUGUAGUAAUUUGUAUGAGUAAUGUUUGCAGCAAACUAAUGGGAUUCUGUAUGUGAAAAUUAUGAUUUGUGAUAAGCAAUCUUGUUUUAUUCAAGAUAACUUAAUUAUGUUAUUUCAGAUGUUCAUUUCAAAAGUUUUAUUGAUGAUGUCUUAACCAUACGCCUUUAGAGAUCUUUUGAAAUAGAUAUAUGUUCACCUUUUUGCAAAGCUUGUUUUAAAAUUUAAUACAUGUAUGUACAAUCAUGGUAAUUGUAAACAAAAAAUAUGGAAAUAAAAUUAUAGAAAAUUA